UAAUAGACGGUUUAUAACAACUUGACAAUCCGAUUCCAAUAUAAUCUCCUCAAGCCCAUAGCGAGAUCAAUAUACCUUGUCAUUCGAGGGUUUUUCCGCUGCAUAUUUACGAGCUGCUUUCACCUUUCUUGCUGUUUCUUUCACGAAAAUAAAACACCCGGGAAGAAAAGAGAUUUUCGAAAAAGUAACAAUUAGGGCACUUGUAAAGGAAAUUGGAGCUAUUUAUUUAUGUCUGAUGCCGCUUGGAGUAUAAUCUCGAUGCAGCUGCUCGUGCCAUCACACCGCGAUUAUUGUUUGAUCUUUGAUUGAGAGCUAGUUUUUAAUCCUGAUAACUCAAUAAGUUCCUGUAUUUUGAAGCUUGAAUAUGGCAUUGCUUAUGCCUGUUCCUUUCUCUGAGAGAGGGAGAUGUUACUUUGAUAUUAAAUCGAGUUUUUUACCUUGUGUAACAAUGGAUAGGAUCGGUAGGGAUGGAAAAGAUUCUGUUUUUAUGAGUAAUGUUAAGAAAGGGUCCCUCUCCAUCUGUUGUUCUGCUCCAAAGCUUGUACGAGAUCGCUCGUUAGAUAGGCAUGUGGUAAAGCAAAAUAGAAUCCGGUUUGUGCAGAAGCUUAGAGUCUUGCUUGCUUCAAAACCUAAACACUACAUGCCUCUCCAUAUUCUUUCUAAAUGCCGCUCCUACUUGGCUCUAUCAAAGCCUCGGUCUAUUCUCUCCAUGAUCCAACGCUAUCCUACCAUUUUUGAGCUCUUCUACAUUCCAUAUGCACCUACUCCACUUAACGCAACCAAAACAUACUCGCAACUGUGUGUGCGUCUAACCCCUGCUGCUGAAUCACUUUCUAUGCGAGAAGCCCAUCUUAAGUCUACUGCUUCUGUUACACUGGCCAAAAAGCUUCAAAAGCUUCUCAUGCUUUCUCCUCAUAGAAGGCUUGUUUUGUCAAAGCUUGUCCAUUUGGGUCCUGAUCUUGGUCUACGACCCAAUUUUAGGUCCUGUCUUUGCAAUGAACAUCCUGAAAAAUUUAAGAUUGUUGAUACAUCCUAUGGUCGUGCGCUUGAACUGGUUUCUUGGGACCCAAACUUAGCUUUCCCGAUGGAAAAACUUAAAAACCAUUUACCAGAUCUGAUAGUGGACCGGCCCUUGAAAUUUAAGCUGGUUAAACUAAGAAAGGGGAUGAAUGUGAAAAGACGCCAUCAUGAUUUUUUAAUCAAAUUUGGAGAAAUACCAGAUAUUUGUCCAUAUAAGACUUCUUUUGAGGAAUUCCAGAAAAAUUCUAUUGAAGCAGAAAAGAGGGCUUGCAGUGUAGUGAGGGAAAUUUUGGGGAUGACAAUGGAAAAGAGAACGUUGAUUGAUCAUUUGACACAUUUUAGAAAGGAUUUUGGGCUACCCAACAAGUUAAGGGCUAUGUUAGUUCGGCACCCUGAGCUUUUCUAUGUAAGUUUGAAGGGGCAGAGGGACUCAGUGUUCUUGGUGGAAGCGUAUGAUGAUAACGGUGACCUUAUCCAGAAGGAUGAAGCUCUUAUUAUCAAAGACCAGUUGUUUGGGUUGGUCAAGCAAGGCAAGAGAAUAAGGCGAGAAAGGAAAUUGGCCCUAGAUAAGGAUGUCACUGUCAUUAAUGAUUACCCUGUGGCUGUCCCUGACCACGAGCUGAAACCUUUUGAUGAUGUUUAUGAAGAUGAUGGAUUAGAGGAUCUUUUUAACUGGGAUGAUUCAGAUUUUGGAAUUUAUGAGGAAGACAGUGAUGAGGAGUAUGGUCCACCCGUAAAUGUAAGUGUGGAGCAGCAAUUCUGGAUCUCAGAAGAUUUUGAAAGGGGUCUUGGUGAAAAUGGUGAUACUUCUGAGUGCUGGUAGUAGUGUAUGUUGACACUGAAUAGUUUUGAAGAGAAACAGAGUGAAAGCUGUGAAUAAAGAAAGUUAUUCAACAUCCUAUAUAAUUUAAUCUGUGUCUAUAGUGCUUUCUUGCAUGUAUAGUCUGGUGAUGAAGGUAAAUCCUUCCUUCGUUUUUGCUAUCCUUUAUCUUUUUCCUUUCCCUUUAUGAUUUUAGAAAUUUGGGGGCAGGGGAGGGGGUUAACACUGUAAAUGGUGUAUAUGGCACAGAUUAUACAAGAUAUUAACUUGCGACCCCAGCUAUGAUAUGAGGUUUAACUAUGCUUCCUCUCUGAUUCAUAGAGCUGCUCUUUCUUGCUGUGUUUUGUUGGUUAUAGAUAUAUGUGCUAACAGCCUAGGGUAAACACAUGAUGCUUUUACAUAGCCACUACUAGCACUCUCCUCCAAUCGUGAUGGUAAGUAACUGAGUAUGAAAAGGGUCGAAAAGUGUCUUCAAGAAGCGUUAAUAUCUGCUUCAGGGUUUAUGCUGCUCAGAGCAUUGGCAGUCUCUGCAAGUUGUUUGUUCAGCAGAUUUACUUCUUAUAGGUAAUACUCUCUUAGUGGUAAGCAGCAUGGACAACUGGACAGGUGUUUCAACUUUCAAAUAUUAUUACAUUUCUUGCUUUUAGCUGAAGCACUUUCUAUAUGCUAUUACUCAAAAGACCUGAUGCUACACCUUGCAAUUUAGGGAUUGUGUGCUGUGAAAGUUUCAAAUUGAUGGUGGGGUCAUGGAUGCAAGAAUUGGGCUCGAGUCCCAUAGUCCCGACGUGGCUCCCCUGCGCCUGUGGAACAAGUUAUCGCACCCUCUUGUUCGAGUUCUGCCUUGAUGACCGGAUGGAAAUAUUGAAGUAUACUCGCAUUUGGGGUUGGAACUAACUUAUAGACUCGGUCUCGUCUCACAGCAAGCUGUUUGGUUUAGUCCUAGCUAUGGGUCCUUCAUCCAUUAGUUGGUAUCCCGUUAGCAGUUCACCAAGUGAACGAGUCUUGGUUGGCCUAUUGCUUGAUCAUAAUAAUUCCCUUUUUCGUGAAUUUUCAAAUAAUGAUGUUUUAAAUAUCACUUUUGCCUCUCGAGAAGCCAAUCCAAUACUUUUCAAAUAUUCAUGUGGAAUAUGGUUUUUUUUUUUAACACGUUCGUAAAUAAUCCUCCUGAGUGUCUACACAUCAAUUUUGUGAAGCACACAACUGAAACAUGUCGAAAGCCCUUCUAUAUGCUGCUGGGAAAUCUAUUACCUCCCAAAUCUUAUUGAACUUUGAGCAUACCCUCCCCACUUCAGGGCAGGAGGGAUCAAGUGUUUGAGAAUCUGUGAUGAACCAGCUCCACCGUCUCUUCACCCCCCCCCCCCCCCCCCCCCCAAGGUGGGCAGAAGAGAAGUCAUCACAUCAUUUCCAUUGAUUAGUAUCGCUUUACCACAUCAUUUCCAGAUAGUAUAAUUUAUUUUGGCAAAUUAUGGCCAAGUAUCCUUAGAAAAUUUCGGAGCUAUAAACCUGUCUUUUUUUCUUGUGUGCUAUGUGAGAUUGUCCAUCCCUUCUCAUCUAGAAUGCCUGCAUUCGUUAGGGCUUUCCUUCUUUUGGUAUGUGUGGUUAUUCAGAAAUGUCAAUGGCUUUCAAGUGCUUCAGGGUGACUGCUAUGCCUCCUGUAAAGUAUUGGCUUUUAUCUGUGAGCUGGAUUCUAUCUAGAGUGAAUUGUUUCUCGUGGAUAAGUGCAAGUUACUGCAUUCUGCUUAUCUUAGACAAUUUAGGGUUUUUUUCCAACUGAAGUUAAUUAGCACAAUUUUUUUUCUCUAACAUAAGUCUUUGCUUUAACUUCCCUCUUUUACGUCCCACACCAAAUUCCUAGUACCAGUUAUUGCCACCAGUAUGUGGAAGAACAUCCUGUUGCAGAUCCUAUGUGAAAGGGACUAGUUUUGGAGCAUUGCGGAUGGGUCCCUUCUAGCUUUGGAGGGUUCCUUAGUUUAUGCUCCAACAGCAAUUUUGGCUUCUGAUGACCGCACACUAAUAGAACUACUGUGUGGACAGAUACGGGUCAAACAUCUUCAUCAUAAUCAACUCGUUCAGAAUUCCAUCUCGUCUCUCUUGCUUUUUCCCCCCCUUCCUCUUCUUAGUUUAUGCUUCCUACUAUUUUUCAGCUAUAAGCUCCUGUACAUUCCAAUUUAUCUCUGUAUGCGAUAUUGCUUUCACUAGUAAUGUCUUAGUGUUUACAAACUUCUUGGUAUGUUCUAAAACAUUGCACAACCCAUUGACAUGGGAAACACUAUUCUUAAUUCUUAACAUUUGUGGUUUGAUCGUAAAUUGAUUGGAUUAUUGGUUUUUAUCUAGUUAUACAUCCCCCCCUCCUGGGCUCCUGUUCUCUUUUUUGAACUUUUUUAGGUUGCUGUCCUGUGGUUUGGAAGGAUUCUCUUGCAUGCUUGUCUGCAAGUUCUGUAUUGUUUGUUUCGCUGCUCAAGUUCGUAUUACAUAAGAUCUGGAGAGCUGUUCUCCAUUUGGUGCCAUCAAAGCUAGGUCUUCUUAUUUCAAGGUAUGGUUCAAGUACUUGUUUUUGAAGCUACAUUUACUGAUCUAUAUUGUAGCAAAGAAGCCAGCAAUUGCACAAUGCACACACUAAUUUGCAGCAAGGGGUAUUUGAAGAUUCAAAGAACCAAGAAGUUAUUCAUCAAGCAACGUCUUGCUGAUGGCUUGACCUUCGUAUCUCAACAACAAUUACAUAAUUUACAUCUUAUGUUUUUUGGAAAUCAGAACCAUCAAGAAGAGAUUAGUUGAAAGCCAAGUCAUCGACUGACCGAUUUCUUUGUUUCAACGAAUCAAGUACAAGCCAGUAUUUUCCCUAUAUGUUCAAAGUGAAAACUCCCUUUCAUUCUUGGAACUGCCUUCCUUGCUUUCAUCCCUUGUGGCGAACUAGACUGAUGUUCCUUUUUUUUUUUUUUUUGCUUUCUUUCCUUUUAGUACUGAACUGAGAACAAAGGCUGAGGAGAGAAAAUAGGUCGAACGACUAAAUUGAAAUUAUUGGUAGGUUUGAUUGAAACUUGAAAGUAGGAAGUAUUGUUUUUCCGGUGUAGAAUCUAAGAAAGUGAAAAAAAUUGUUUGGUUGA